UAUUACUACGGUAUUUUGAAUAAUGCGCUGUAUUUUUCCCACUAAAUUAUUGCCAUACGCGCAGAUUGACAACAUUUUGUCAUUAAGUAAAUUGCGAUUUGUCUGUUAACAAUCGUAUCGCGAUCGUGAUAAUAGACCAGGGAUGCCCAACUGGUAGUUCUCGGGCUAGAUUGGAAGACUUCACGGUCCAGAUCCGUAGGUCUAGGUGCCGCCAGUUGAGCAUCUCUGCAAUAGUCGACGCUUGACGACAGAUCGUCAUUUUUUGAGAGAAGUAUCUAGUUGCGCGCGGGCUUGGGAACGAGCGUGUUGAGACAAGUCUUCAGCAGUGAACAAAUGUACGAAAGCAAGUGUUCAAGUUAUCGUUACACAGUUUUUGUUCCUUGUAGUUUAUAUACAUAUAAUUCUAUAUAAUAUAGAUCGAAUCACUGUUCUUGUUCUAAUAGCAGUAAUUGAUAGCAGUGUUUGUUAUAUGGGUGUAGUUGCUACGGAUGGUCAUCGAUCGAUAUUUAGCUGCAAAUUUAUCGAAAAAUGGAGAAAUUGCGGACCGUUGUACAAUUCAUUGAUGAAGAUGCCGUUGAAGCUGUCCCAUGGAUUAUUAAUAACAAAUGUUAUUGGCCGCCGUUUCCAAAAAAAAAAGUUGUUGCAGCAAUUAAAAAACAUAACUGAACCUAAUACAUGUUGGCCUUCACAUGAUAUCAAAACUUUCAGAAACAGCAGUUACGAUAACUAUGGAACAGCCAGGGAAAAAGCUAGAAAAGCUGAAUUUAAAUCAGAAUUAAAUUCUGAUACUGAGCGAGAGAGAGAAAAUAUCAAAGCCCCAAAGAGAAAAAUUGACUCAAAAAUGUUGUUUUCAUGUUCAGAUGAUUCUGAUAAAGAGUGUAUUAACACUAAAUUACCUACGCCUCCAAUUAUGCAAGCAGAAGAAUAUUUCCAAGAAAUUAUUCGUCAGCAGACAUAUUUCAAGACGCAAUUAUGGCAAAUCGCAGAUGAUUUUAAAGUUAUGAAGGAUAAACUCUUGCAACAAUUCCAUCAACGACCCAAUGAGUAUCAAAGAGAGGAAUCUAUUUUUUCUGUUUUUCAACUUCCUUUUAACACUGUUGAUGACUUAGAACAGCGACUUGAGGAUUUUUUAAACCAAGCGAAAAAUUUUGAAGCAUCGGUUAAAGAAGUAUCUCGAAUUGGAGGAAAAAAUCCUUACGAAUUUAUAAAGCGCAACUGUACUCAUUUAUUGACCAACGAAUUAGCAGAAAAAUAUAGCUGGCUAGGGGCAAGGCAAAAACGAAAAUUUGCUCCUUUAAAACUUGCUGAUUUGUUAAUUGUUGCCGGUCAGGAAACUGAUUCCAAUUAUACCAAAAAGGUUUUGGAAGAAGCGAUUCAAAAAUGGCUUCGAAGAGCAAAGGAAAGAAUGACUGCUGAGUUGAAGAAGUUGUAAGACUAAAAGUUAAGGACUUUAAUAUUCUUUUUUUAAUAUUACAAAUAUUUUUGUUUUUUGCUUUAAUAAGGCGCGGUUGCAUCAACAUUAUUUUGGCUUUACACGAGACUUAAAAGUGUUUGUCUUUAUUUAUUUAGAAAGCAGAUAAAGACAGAUAAAGGCAUGUUUAAAACCAAAAUAACGUUUGUGAAAUUGGGUAAAUGUACUAAUAUACAUUUGUAUUUUCGAUAUACGUUCUUGCUAUUUAAACGUUUAAUUUUAAGUAUUAUUUUCAUUUUAAACAAUUUAUUAUAAUAUCCGUAUUUUCUGUAUGAUUAUAAUAUAUUAUGUUAAUGUAAUAAUUCAAAUGUU